ACUUCCGGAGCAAGGUGAUUGGCUGCAAACUAAGCCACGCAGCACAGCACAAACCCACUGAGCAUCCACCUCCAAGAAGCGAUUGGUCCCUACGGCAAGCGGACAGGAACAAUUCCUGAAAGUUGACCUCGGCUUCCGGGUUCGCGGACAAAGAUGGCGGCGGCCAGGUGCUGGAAGUUGGUGCCCCGCCGGGGAUUGUCUCUCCACGCCGCCGCUGAGGCCUCCGCCUCGGCCACCAAGGUGAGCGACCCAGAGGUCAUGGCGACGCCCGUGGCGCGGUACCCGCCGAUCGUGGCUUCCAUGACCGCCGACAGCCAGGCGGCGCGGCUGCGGCGGGUGCAGCGCUGGCAGGCGGCGGCGCACGCGGCCCCGACCGUAGACGAGAAGAUACGAAUUCUCACCAAGAUGCAGUUCAAGAAGUACAUGGUGUAUCCUCAGACCUUCGCCCUGAACGCCGAUCGCUGGUACCAGGGCUUCACCAAGACGGUGUUCCUUUCGGGCUUGCCGCCCGCGCCCGCCCCCGCGCCGUCCCCGCCCUCGCUCGACCUGGCGGGCCUGCGUGCCGCCGUGUGCGACUGCAUCUUGCAGGAGCAUGUCUACCUGCAGCGGCGCCGGCGCCGGCCACUCUUCGACCACCGCCGGGCCCUCUCCUCUCCCGUCCUGGACCAGCUGGUGGGGACUCUCGUGAACCUGCUCUCCCCAAUCAACCCUGUCCUGACCACCGCCGCCCUAGAUUAUAAGCGCCCUGUUGACUUUUACUGGCAGCGAGGUGAAGAGCGCAUUCCUGCUGGUCAUCGGAAAGGUCGCAUUGAUGCUUUACGAUACCAAAUAAAUGACAAGCCACACAACCAGAUCCGAAUAUCUAAGCAACUCCCGGAGUUUGUGCCACUGGACUAUUCCAUUCCUGCAGAAAUCCCGGUUAUGAAAUGCAAGCCAGACAAGCUUCCAUUAUUCAAACGGCAAUAUGAAAACACCAUAUUUACAGGUUCAAAAACAGCAGAUCCACGCUGUUACGGUCACACCCAGUUUCAUCUGUUACCUGAUCGUUUAAAUAGAGAAAAGCUGAUAAAACAGAACCGAGCUGAGCAGGUGGAAGUUGUUUUUAGAGCUAAUGCCCUUGCGAGUCUUUUCGCAUGGACUGGCGCUCAAGCUGUGUACCAAGGAUUCUGGAGCGAAGCAGAUGUUACUCGACCUUUUGUCUCCCAGGCCGUGAUCACAGACGGAAAAUAUUUUUCUUUUUUCUGCUACCAGUUAAAUACUUUGGCACUGACUGUACAGGCUGAUCAAAAUAACCCUCGUAAAAACAUCUGCUGGGGGACACAGAGUAAGCCUCUGUAUGAGACCGUGGAAGAUAACGAUGUGAAAGGCUUUGAUGAUGAUGUUCUCCUGCAGAUAGUUGACUUUCUUCUAAAUAAACCGACAGAAGACAGAACACAGCUGUCGGGAAGCCAGGAGAAAGGACUUGAUCCGGGACAUUGAGGAUGUGUAAAUUUCACCAGAGAAAUAAUAAAAUCAUUUAUGGAUUCU